AAAAGUCUGAGACCGCUGUGGCUGUUUUUGAGUCGCGAGUGGCAACAAGAUCAGCAGGAAAAAAGAAGAUAAAAACUAAAGGCAUUUACUAACGAAUCUAAUCAGGAUUACCAUGGCUCCCAGAAAACGAACCACAAAUGCCAAAACCAAAAAGAAUCCCAAGAUGCCAAAACUGGAAGCCUUUCUUCUUGACUUUGAUGAUGAAGUUUGUACAAUAGUUGAGAGGUUAAAGGAGAAGACCAACAACCUUCUGAAAGAUGCAGACAACCUGUAUAACAUGGCCCUGAUCAAGCUUCCCAUGGCUGUGCGACAAAUGAACUGGAUGCAAUAUUGUGGUUCUGAAAAGCAAGAAACACCAGUGAAUGAAAUAAAGCAAAAAGAAGAUACUGCACAGGUGGAGCUCACCAUAGCACAGGAACAUACAAUUCUCCCAAAAUCUGCCAAAAAAGCUUCAAAGAACAGUUCCAACUCUGAAGAUGAAGAGAAUGUGGCACCUAAGAAAAAGGGAAGACCUAAGAAAGCACCAACAACUUCAAAGAAGGCCAGAGCUCUGUCUGUGAGCAAGCAGAAUAGCACUAUUAGAAAAUCCACUAGGAAGCCCUUGGUCACCCCAGCCAGAAGUUUCUUGGAUUCCUCUGUCAUAGGCCUCACUCCACUUAUUACACCUCGCUUUGAUUCCAGGUUGCCCAAGACUCCUGCGGUGCGAGUUCCUCGUCACAGAGAAAAGGUAUACAGCAUCUCUGUGAACGGCUCUCCUAUCGCUGGAGGUGCAGAGGACAUCAUCAUUAAUGUGCCUCUGGGUAACGGAGAGUGUAUUCAGCUGCUGGCCAGUGAGAUGGAUUCUGUUGAUUUGAGUCAGCUGGACGAGAAGGCCAUGCGCUCUAUCAGACAACUACAGAGCCGACUCACUACUAUUUGUGGAACAAAGUGACCUGAUUUCAUUGAUCUACUUUCUCAUCACCCUGGUUUUUAAAUGCCUCUUAUUCUAAUUGACAUUUGUUGUUUUUAAACCUGUUCUAUGUUGUCUGCCUGUUUUGUUAAUGUCAAAUGGAUUUUACACUGUACAUAAUUUUAUUUAGAGAAUGUACAGUAGUUCUCAUUAUGCUUUUGUUUUGUAAAUACAACACAAGUUGAUUACCAGAUGUUGCUUUUAGUGUACCAGCUCAGCUCAUUUAGCUAAAAUAAGAACUGUAUAUAUCCUGCUGUUGUUUAAAUACCAAUAGCAUAAGUGCAGACUAUCUUGGUGUUUAUCCCCCUGAACUUGAAUUGUAACAGUGCUGCUUUAUGAACAGCUGCAAUUAAUGUUCAAAACAAAAGAAAUUUAGGAUAUUUUUCUGAAUGCUGAGUAAACAACCUUGUCA